AUGGUGUUCACAUACCAGUGCUCCACUCCAGGCUAUGAGAUCUACAUGGGGCGAGACAAAUAUGAAAAUGAGGAUCUGAUUGCCUAUGCCUUUCCUGAAGAUGUGUGGUUCCACGUCAGCGAACUCUCGAGCGCUCACGUAUACGUGAGAAUGCCAUUCGGACAAACUGACUACGAGAGGAUACCGCCCGAGGUGGUGGAGGAGGCAUGCCAGUUGACGAAACACAACUCCAUCGAGGGCUGCAAGCAAUCAGAAGUAACGAUUGUGUACACUUCAGCGCCAAAUUUGAAGAAAACGGCCAGCAUGGAUACCGGGCAGGUGGGCUUCAAGCAACAGUCAAAGGUGAAGUAUGUGCACAAUGUGAAAAAGGACAAGGACAUGAUCAAGAGGCUCGAAAAGACCAAGAAAGAAGCGAAUUUCGAUCUCAAAGAAAAGAAAGCAGAAAGGGACAGGCGUGAACGAAAUGAAAUGAAAGCGCAGCUGCAACAACAGAAGCUGCAGGAAGAACAAAGAAAGAAAGAACGGCAGUUGGAAAUGGAACUCAAAACAUAUCAAGCCCUGCAGAACCCAAAACCCGUCGCAGAGUAUAAAGGAGACGGCACUAUUGACAGUUGCCGUCAGAUUGAAGAGGACUUCCUUUAA